UUAAAAUUAAUGUGCGAUAUCGAUUACACAAAUUUCAAUUUCUAUACACCAAGUACUGUAAUUGUUAUUAAGUGAUUAAUUCCAAUAACUAUGUCAGAAGCAGAGAAGAAAUCUGUUGAUCAGUAUGGAAGACGUACAUGGAAUGUUGAGGCAUAUGAAUCUGAAGCUAAGGGGACCAAGAAGCAUAGAAAUAAUGAUGGAACAAUCACUACAAUCAAAUCCGAUUUGAAAGAUGAGAAGUCUUCAUCAGAUUACUUAAAACAUAGAAAUGAUUUAAUUAGUGAUCUGUUGAAUGCUGUCAAAGUUCAUAAUCUUAUCAAUCCUGAAUCAUCUUCAUCUACAACCAUGGCUGGGAAGAAUAAAAGAUUUGGAUUUUAUUGUCCAAUAUGUAAUUUAUCCUUUCGAGAUAACUUGGCUUUAAUAGAUCAUUUUAAUUCACAGCAACAUUCUGGAAAGGCAAGUGAAUUAAGUAGGCUAAAACGAAAGGAAGGUGAUAAGGAGAAUCAAGAAGCAGAAGAUGAAACACAAGAAUUGGAAGGAGGAAUACGACGUGCCACAGUACAGGAAGUAAUGGCUACAAUAGAAGCAUUAGUACAAAAGAAGCUCAGAGCAAAUCAGGAACAUGAAACGAAUUUGUUAACAUUCGCUCAAAGAGUUGAGCGAAGAGCCGAAUUUGAACGUCAAAAACGACAGAAGCGAUUAGAGAAGAAGAGGAAAGUAAAAGUUGAUACGAAGAAUCAUUUUGAAAAUGAAGAAAGUUCAGAAAUGACAAAAAUAAUGGGCAUUACGAAUUUUGGUAGUAGUAAGAAAUAAAUAAUAAUUGUUUAUUAACACUUUAUAAAUAUCUAAUUGUUGAAUCACCGUCCAACACAUUUAAUUAAUCUAACCAUUUAAUUAAUCUAACGAUUUAAU